CCUACCGUCAGUCAGUCCUCGUUCGGGCUUCUUCGUGUUCUGUUCCUUUCUAUUUUAAAAACAACACAAUAUUAUUUAUUUAUGUUUCAUAUUUAUAAAUAUAUAUAAAUAUAUACAUUUUUUAGUGCAGUGAUUUUUCAAAAAAUUUUUUUUACAUUUUUGUUAAACUGAUUCUUCUUUUUUAUCCGAUAAAUAUUUUUUAAAAAUGUGAAGUUCAAAGUUUAAAUAAAUUAAAUUUAUAAUUUAAGAGCAAUGUGUUACGUUUUAAAUUAAAUUUGUAAGCGCAGCUGCGUCGAGUAUAAGAGAAAAUAAAGUGCGUAACUUAUAUAUAUGUAUAUAUAAAUUGUGAAGGCUUUAAAUACACUAGUUUGUAGUAAUAUGUCGAAACCACAUGCGGAAAUAAGAAAAAUUUUUUAAGAGUGAAAACAAAAAAGAAAAAUUUUUGAUUGCGGGAAAAAAAUUUUUUUUACUGGGGAUUUAAAUGUUUGAAGGAAUUAAGGGUUUGAAGAAGUGAUGGUAGAAACUAUGAGAUCUUGUCUUGGGAAUAAUUAAUUUUAAUUAGAGCACGUGUGAUUUUUUUCACGGAUAUGUAACGCGAUGUCGCUGCGCUUCACGGUGUUAAUUAUUUACAAAAGACAUUGACAUUUAAAACAAAAUGCGGAGCGAGGUGGGCGAAUGGUUAGCAACUUGUGUCGGUUCUCCAAUUUGCAUACUUUUAUUGUCCUGGUCGCUGCUCAUCUACCAGAACCAGCCGUCAUCCUUGAAACGGAGGAUCGACGUCCUUACAGUUGCCGUUAUCACGCAGAGCCUGGCACAUCAGUUAGGAUUGAUACUUUAUGCCAUACUUACACUUAUACAUCCGGCCAAUCAUUUUGGAGAAAUAUGUUCAGCGCUGGUCUGGCUUCUGAACACCUCGAGCGUUCUCCAGCAACUGACUCUGACCUCGAUCGCAAUCUUCGCUGCGAUUUUCAACAAAGAAGACUCAAGCCUGACCAAGAACCACUUGAAGUACCAUUUGGUCUCGCUGACGGUAAUCAGUUCGUGCAUCGGAUUCACGGGGAUCUUGAACUUUGAAUCCGAUACCUGCGUGUUUUUGGCACAAGAAGUUUCACCAAAAUACGGACUCUUUGUCAAUGCUCUGAAGAUUCUUCUGCUCUUCGGAACAAUCUGCGGCCUGUGUAUCGCCAUUUUCAAGGACGCGUGUCGGUCCCCGAAGUCGGAGCUCCUGCAAUCGGUGUCCGACCUUUCGGAUACCAGUUCAAAGAACUCGGGAUUCGAGCACCAGCACCACUGGGACCCUUCCAAUGGGUCAUUUACCAGCGGGUCCACUAAUUCGAGGGCCUGUUUGAGGAAACGGAAAACUCGGGUCGAUGAAAGCGGAAGUAAAUCAACUGUCUUUAGCAUUUUGUUUGUUUGCUAUGUCUUUGAUCAUCUUCCAGUUUUGGUAAUUUCGAUAAGACCCGAACUAUUACAAGGAUUUUGCACCCCGCAAAAUAUAGCAAUAUGGCUGCCGCUAAUAAAGGACACAUUGCUGCCAGUAUUUUUGGCAAUUUUUGACAAAAUGUUUUGCCGUUACGUCGCUAAAGUUUACACGAAACAAGACAAUUUGCGUAAGCUUGCUCACUGUGGCGUAGACGGUAAAUUCAGGCAUUUUGAGCAAGACGCAGAGUACAAAUUGCAAUUGAAUCUAAAUCAUGGGUUAAAAUUUCCGUUGACCAAUGGCAGCCUUUAUGGGAGGCUUCACAAUCAUCAGAAUCGUACAAGAACAGGAACAAUAACAAUGGGAAUUCAACAUUACCCUCGUACACAAUCACUGAGUGACGACAAUUACGGUUCGCUGCCCGCGGAACUUACGUCAUUUACUAGUUCGACAUUCGAACCUCGUCAGCUAAAAGAUUCAAAGACAAAUUCAAUCGACACCCAGUCAACGCAACGUCUUAUAAAACUCAAUGAGAAUUUUGAAUUUGGCGCGAAACGUAAAAUCGGUAGCACGGAUGUCUUUGGCCAGAAUAUGGAAAACCUGGUGCAGCUGGACGAGCCAAAGCGGCUGAAGCAGUUCGCCAGGAGUCUUGACGAAAUUAGAGAAGAGGUUCCCAAGAAAUCUGAUAAAGAUUUGAAGAUUCAGACGAGGAAAGAUGAACAGGAAUUUACGCGGAAUUUGGUGAGACGGAACGCGAGUUUCGAUCACUCGAAGUAUCUGCGGGUGGGACUUGACUCCAGGACUUAUGACAUCAAGGAUCUGAUAAGGAAGGAUCGGCACAUGGAUUUGAUACUAAAGCGCGAUAGUAAUUUUGAGGAAGACGGUUGCUUUGAUAGCUCGGAUGACGGGAGUUGCGAUUUUGAUAACGAGAAUUUUGAUGACACGCUCAGUUCCUGUAAGAGUCGGAGCAGAAGUUGCUGUUCUGUCACUACGGUCGCUAAUGAUGACUUUGAAUUUUUCCAACGUAAAGGAACUAAGCCGGAAAUUUUUUCACCUAAAAAAUCGCCAGACAAAAUAAAUAUGAGAUCGUUUACGCCAAAGAUCAUUGACGAUACUUGGAUUAUUGAUACCAAUAAUUCCAACCCCAUCUCCAACAUCAAUAAUAAUAAUAAUAAUAAUAAUCAUUCAAAUCGAAACAAUAAAAAAAAUAUGAAACAUUUGAACACAAAGCCCACAAUCCAUUCCUAUCAUCUAAAAAAAAUAUCCCCCGGGUUUUCUAUGAACGAUCUCGACAAACUGUUUCCCGAGGAAAAAUCCCAAGACAAACUAACCAAUGCUAGUCUAAAAAACACUCUCAAGAGUUCCGAGAUCUACCACCUGGACAACGGGGACUGCAGACACAACAUCGGAGGCUCUGUGCCGGAUUUUAAGAAAAUAUUCAUCAGCGAAUGUGUUUGAAAGUUUUGUUUUAUUUUUUUUUUGACUCUACUUAUUAUUAAUUAAUGGUAUUACUAAUUAAUAUUAUUAAUUCUAAAAUAUUUACGUAGGGAUUGUGUUCAAAAUGACAUACAGAUGUAAUAUAUUUUUUUAAAUGGUAAAUUUAUUAACCCCAAGUGUGUUUAUUUCUUUAUAAUUAUUAAU